AUGUCGCACGCCGAGAGCACCACACCGGACACCGAGAACCAACAGGAUGACAGCGGCAACGUCGGAGACAUGCAGAAUAAGCAUUGGGAACCUUUUGCAACAAACUUGUGCGACCAACCGUCCGCACAGGCAGCAUCUGUGCAGGCUCGCCAGAGACGUAGAAUCGCCCAGUUGGAGGAGAAGCUAGAGGCCCUCGAGUCGGGGCGUGCGGUCAAAGAGAAGCAAGCAAACUAUUACACAUCUCAAGGAAGGGCAAUCAGGCGUGUUGUCGUUCUAUUCGAUAACGUUGAGGACCUCGUUGCUGAAAACGAUCGAAGAUAUGAAGAUGAAAACGAAGAUCAUACUAUCGACCAAGAUCGGCUACAGGCAGGGAAGGGGGCGGAAAUGGAGUACGACGAGUACACGCACAUGUUGAAAUUGCUUCGGCAGGGGGCUGACAGUGCUCGAGGUGACGAUACCUCGAAGCUCAAGGCUCUUGUUGCCGAAUGGGUUAAUCGGGAUCUCAAGCCAGAAUUCCCGCUCGAUUCCAACGACAAACAUACCCGUGGAUUCUCCAACGACGCGUGCGGCAGGUUACUCUGCCCUGCCGAACUGGAUUGGAACAACCCAGUGCAAGUAGUACUUUUGAGAUUUCGAGAAAAAUGCUCACUUUUCACCAGGGUGCGGACGGGCAUUCGAGAUCGCUCAGAGGGCUGUAUCGUGACGGAUCUUUCCUUUCCGGCCUACCUGUACGAUAACUAUACUGCCAACCCGGAUGAUCUGGAGGAGGAUUUGUUCAAGAGCAAAAUACUUCUUCAGGGGUACAAAGCCGUGUUCACGUCACCUUCCUCAGCAAAAGAUGGGGAGGGUGAUGGGGAUGGCGCCGAUGUCAUCCAGAACAACAGACGCGCCAAGAAGUCAUUCAACGGAGUUAGUAAGGUCAAAAAACACGUCGCUCAAAUCAUCAAUAUGAGAAAGGUCACUCCUCGCUCGAUCGCGUACAUCGCGUGCCUACUUCGAUUCUCACUUUCUUCGGUGACAUCAUGGCGGUCCAUUGAUGGCGACUUUGACUAUGCUCAAUUCUGGUGUACUAUCAUUGAUUUCUUUGAAAGGCCCCCUGGUCGAGGUGCGCGGCGCAGGGUUGAUAAGCUGCUCGAGUGGUGGAAUAGGAAGAUUUUUGGACGGAGCCAACGUAACGACAUCAGCGAUGCGGCAAAGGCCAGCCUGUCCGUCAAUGCUCUUGCAAAGCAGAGGGCACAGCGCGAUGAUGCGGCUUUUGACUCGGCCUAG